AUGUCCCCUGCCGUUGGUCCAAAGCCUUGCACCCUGUUCUGUCCCAAUUGCAGCCAAAGGGUGACCACCCGUGUAAAGUCGAAGUCCACCACCAAGACGCACAUCCUUGCUCUGAUCCUGUGCUGCCUCAUGUGUUGGCCCUGUGCCUGCUGCCUCUACUGCACCAAAUUGGCUAGAAACUCUAACCAUUAUUGCCCAAACUGCAAGGCUUUCGUUGGCACCUACAAGCGUUAA